UGUUGGCGACUCGUCGCCAUUACAGGGGAACAGCUACGGUACGCGGUAGCUGUAGGAGCAGCGCCGAGGAGCCCGCGCUGCCUGGGCGGCGCCGACCACCGCAGCCAGUGCCGGGCCCCGCGGGGCUCCCCGUCCCGUUGCCACCCCGACCCCCCCGGAGCCCCGCAGGCCCGGCCCGGCCUCCCCCGGCUCUCUCUGUUUAAGCGGAGCAGCGAGAAGAUGUCGCCAUGAAGGAGGCCGAGUCAGCGCUGCGCCGCCCCUGUCGGUCCCCUUGGCGGGCCAUGAGCCUGGGCCCCCGUCGCCUCCCCGAGCGCCCGUCCUGCCCCCCAGCUCAGCGCCGCUGCCGUCCACUCACCAGCGCCGUCGGGGCGCCCGUUGAUGCUGCAGAGCUCGCCCAGCGCGGCCCCCGCCACAGCCUCCGACAUGGACAAGAGCAGCCCCUGCGGCUCCGGGAUCCCCGGCUCCUCGUCCGGCAGCAAAGGGCAGCAGACCCGCUCCGCCUCGGCCGGGCCGGCCGGGGGGGAAUCUAAGCCCAAAGGCGAUGGAAAGAAUGCAAGUGGAUCCAAACAACGUUACAAUCGUAAAAGAGAAACUUCAUAUUCAAAAAAUGAGAACUUUUCCAGCCAAUCCCGUCGCUCCAAUUCACAGAAAAGCAAAGCUUUUAACAAGAUGCCCCCUCAGAGAGGGGGCACUGGGGGAAGUGGCAAACUUUUUAGCUCUUGUAAUGGUGGAAGACGAGAUGAGGUAGCAGAGGUUCAACGGGCAGAGUUCAGCCCUGCCCAGUUCUCUGGUCCAAAGAAGAUUAGUCUGAACCACUUAUUGAACUUCACCUUUGAACCCCGUGGCCAAGCAGGUCACUUUGAUGGGAAUGGACAUGGCAACUGGGGGAAAAGGAACAAAUGGGGACACAAACCCUUCAACAAAGAGCUCUUCCUACAGGCCAACUGCCAGUUUGUGGUGUCUGAGGAACAGGACUACACAGUGAACUUUGCUGACCCAGAUACCUUGGUCAACUGGGACUUUGUGGAGCAAGUGCGAAUUUGUAGCCAUGAAGUGCCCUCCUGCCCAAUAUGCCUGUAUCCACCUACUGCAGCCAAGAUCACCCGUUGUGGGCAUAUCUUCUGCUGGGCAUGCAUUCUGCACUAUCUCUCCCUGAGUGAGAGAACCUGGAGCAAAUGUCCCAUCUGUUAUGGGUCUAUUCACAAGAAGGAUCUCAAGAGUGUUGUUGCUAUGGAAACACGCCAGUAUGCAAUUGGUGACACCAUUACAAUGCAGCUAAUGAGAAGGGAGAAAAGUGUUUUGGUAGCAUUGCCCAAAUCCAAGUGGAUGAAUGUAGAGCACCCCAUUCAUCUUGGAGAUGAGCAGCACAGCCAAUUCUCUAAGCUGCUGCUGGCAUCCAGGGAGCAGGUGCUGCAGUGGGUGAUCUUGGAAGAGAAAACCGCAUUACUACAACAGUACGAGGAGGAAAAAAACACCCCUGAAGCUUGCUUUAUUGAGGCAGCUAUCCAGGAACUGAAGCAUCGAGAGAGGACUCUAACUUCAUUGGACCAGAGUAGCAAUAGCGACGUCGCAGGAGCCACAGCAGCUGUAGAAGAAUUGGUCCUGAUGGAACCUUCUGUGACCAGGGAGCCUGCAGCUUCCCAGGAGAAAAAGCAGUGUGUUCUGGAAUAUCUUUCUGCGUUUGAUGAAGAGAUGGUGGAAGCCUGCUCCAAUUCUAGAAGCUCCUUUCCUCUUCCCCUGGAAGCAGAAGAGGAGGAGGUAGCUGAGGUGGACACUGAGGCAGUACCAGAUGUGAAUGCUACAAAAGAAACUAAUCCAUCAGAAAGUAACUACCAGGAAUCUAAAGUUACAGCCAACAGUGGACGUUUGAGCAACAACUCUCCUUUUUACUAUUUCUAUCAAGCGGAGGAUGGACAGUGUAUGUAUCUUCACCCUGUGAAUGUUCGCUGUCUUGUUCGUGAGUAUGGCAGCCUGGAGAACAGUCCAGAGAAGCUCACUGCAGCUGUGGUGGAGAUAACUGGCUACUCUAUGACAGAGGAUAUGCGACAGCGCCAUCGUUACCUAUGUCACUUGCCUCUCACCUGCGAGUUCAGCAUCUGUGAACUGGCUCUGAAGCCACCUGUCAUAUCAAAGGAGACCCUAGAGACAUUUUCUGAUGACAUUGAAAAGAGGAAACGCCUGCGGCAGAAAAAAGCUCGUGAUGAGCGGCGUCGGGAACGCAGAAUUGAGAUGGAGGAGAAUAAGAAGCAGGGCAAGUAUCCCGAGGUCCACAUUGCUUUAGAGAACCUGCAGCAGUUUCCUGCCUUCAGUGCUUGCUCAGGAGAACUCAUCAGCAGUGAUAACCAGAGCUCCUCUUUGUCCCUUCUUGGCAGAAGCUCUGUCUCUCUCACAGAGUCUGUCUCAACUCCAUUGGCAACUGCUGCUAGCCUGGCUAGCCCACCACUCUGUAUUGGAAGCCUGGAAGAAGAGUCUCCUUUACCCUCCUUUGCCCAGAUGUUGAGAGUUGGAAAAGCAAAGCCAGAAAUGUGGCCCAAAGCUGCCUCAAACACAAGAGAUCCGAAUACCCUGGCACCUCCUGUUCCAGUGGAUAGUGAUGGAGAGAGUGACAACUCUGACCGUAUGCCUGUGCCCAGCUUCCAGAAUUCCUUUAGCCAAGCUAUUGAGGCAGCCUUCCUGAAGUUGGACAAGCCAUCCACAUCUGACCCCCUCUCUGAGGAAAAGGGAGGCAAGAAAAGAAAGAAACAGAAGCAGAAGCUGCUAUUUAGCACCUCAGUUGUCCACACAAAGUGAUGCUGCUGUCCAAGAAAGUUCUGUCUCCUGGUUUUCAUUUGCUUUUUGUUUUGCUGCUAUAGUUUAAGUAUUUAAGCUUGAACAGACUAAAUCCAUGUUUCUAGGCCUUGAGGGGGGGGAACUAUAGAUAUCCACUUUUUUUUAGCACCUUUAAUUGGUUUAUACAAAAUCAAAGUAUUAAGAGAAACUGGAACCUGGCAACUUUAGCCAAGGUUUCCAGUCUGUGCCAAGUCAGCUCUUUUGGCCCAUCAGCAGUUUGAAUGGGUUUUACUGCCAGUUUUUUUUGCAAUGUGGUGUCAUGUCAUUCAAAAAGCAGAGAAGCUGUACUCUCCCUACGAGUGUGUGUAUCGUGAGGAAACAGUACACAAGAUCUGGCAGUAGGUGCAGUUAGCUGUAAAGCAAAAUCCUUUUUCUUAGCAAGUGCAGUUGCCUCCCACUGGAAACAGGCAAUACUGAAGAGGUUCUUGUUUCUAGAUCAUAGUAGGAAGGAGGGUUCUUACUUUUUAAAAUGACAGGAGUAGCCCUUACUAACACAUUCUGGUGCUUAAGGACUAGAUCUAGAGUGGGAAUAAAGUCGAUCCUCAUUACCAAAUUCAAAUUACAAUACAUACAGGACUCUCUGCAUUUCAGAAUGAAUGUCAGGGAAUGACUUUGUUAUAGUACAAAGCAGCUAUGUUACUGUGUUAACAUGGAUGUAGUAAGACUGAUAUUUUAGCCAGCAUAGGUUACAAAGAGAAUUUCUUUGCCUCCAUGAUUUGGAGCAAACAUUCCACCCUAGAGUCUUUAAAUAUGCUGGGUGGGUUUUCUGAGAUCAGAUGAAUAAGUGGUAUCCAAAAUCUGCAGAAUUAACCCCACAGCAAGGAGCCAGGCUGUCCUGUCCUGUCGGAACAGGGACCUCAUUCUGCUUUGUGCAGGGAUGCAAGUUGGAUUGUACUAGGCUCAUCUUACUAUAAACCUUUUUCUCCCCUCCCCACCCACUUUUUUUUUUUAUUGGAGCGGUUUCAUUCUGCACUGCCUGUGGUUUAAUUUGAAGCUAAUGCAUUAAUUGGUGUGGAUUUUCAUUAAAUAAAAUGAACAGUAGGUGUAAUGUACCAGCAAAGGCAAACAGUUGCAAUAAAUCAUAUGCACAAUUGGAAUUGUAGUGCUGGGGGAGGGGCAGGAGUCCUUCCUCUGCUGUACUCUAUCCCAUUUGUUAA